GAUCCCUUUAUUAGGAUGACCAAUGACAUGCUCUCGUUUCAAAGCUAUGCUUCAAGUGAGUCUCCAGGAAGGAAAUCCGGACUGGAAGGCAGAUGAUACUGACAGAGGGGACAGGCAACAGUGACCUCUUGUCUGGAUUUAACUUCAGAAGAAAGACGAGGACAUCUUUCUACUUAACCACAGACAGAAAUGAAAACUGGUGAAAAUACAGGGAAAUCUGGAGGUGAAGAAGUGAGACGCUUGCAUCAGUUCACUGGCCCUAUUAUGCUCAGGGAAUGGGCCAGAGGCAGAGUCAUGAGAACACUCAAGACCUGACUGAUGAAACCUCAGCAGAUUCUCUAUCAUAAAGAGUGUGAGCAGCUAAACUAAGACAUUAAAAGGAAAAUAACAGAUGCCACUCUACAGCCUGUAUUAACUACCACUUACUGGAUACAUUCAAAUUCUUCAAGAAUCAAGAGUAACCAGGCAGCGCCAUGGACAACCUCAGCUCCGUGGCAGGGAACAGCAGCCAGUGCAGCCGAGACUACAAGGUCACCCAGGCGCUCUUCCCGCUCCUCUACACCGUCCUGUUUCUCGUGGGACUCGUCACUAACAGCCUGGCCAUGAGGGUGUUCUUUCAGAUCCGCAGUAAAUCCAACUUCAUUAUUUUCCUUAAGAACACCGUCAUCUCCGAUCUCCUCAUGAUUCUGACUUUUCCAUUCAAAAUCCUUAGCGAUACUAAGCUGGGAACAGGACCCCUGAGGGCCUUCGUGUGCCAAGUGACCUCCGUCGUGUUCUAUUUCACAAUGUACAUUAGCAUCUCAUUCCUGGGGCUAAUAACCAUCGAUCGCUACCAGAAGACCACCAGGCCCUUCAAGACGGCCAACCCCAACAACCUCCUGGGGGCUAAGGUCCUCUCGGUUAUCAUCUGGGCGUUCAUGUUCUUAAUCUCCUUGCCUAACAUGAUUCUGACCAACAGGAGGCCGAGGGACAAGACUGUGAAGAAAUGCUCAUUUCUGAAGUCAGAGUUUGGUCUGGUCUGGCAUGAAAUAGUCAAUUAUGUCUGUCAGGUCAUUUUCUGGAUUAAUUUCCUCAUUGUCAUCGUAUGCUAUACGCUCAUUACCAAAGAACUGUACAAGUCAUAUGUGAGAACAAGGGGCGCUGGCAAAGUCCCCAAGAAAAAGGUCAACAUCAAGGUUUUCAUCAUCAUCGCUGUGUUUUUCAUAUGUUUCGUUCCGUUCCAUUUUGCCCGAAUCCCCUACACCCUGAGUCAAACCCGGGAUGUGUUUGACUGCGCAGCUGAGAAUACUCUGUUCUACGUGAAAGAGAGCACACUCUGGCUGACGUCCUUAAACGCGUGCCUGGAUCCAUUCAUCUACUUUUUCCUUUGCAAAUCCUUCAGAAAUUCCUUGAUGAGUAUGCUGAGAUGUUCCGGUUCUGCAUCAUCUCCAACCCAUGAUAAGAGGAAAAAAGGACAGGACGGCAGUGACCCAAGUGAAGAGACACCGAUGUAAAUAAACUGAGGCGAUACUUCAGCCUAUUAGUGUAUAUAUGACUCCCCAAAGGCAAGCACUAUGUGGAAAAUAUUAACACUGCCUAAGAAGUAGCUGGGUUAGUAACAAUAACUCUUGAAACAAGUAAUAAACAGAAGACUACGGAAGCAAUUUUCAUUUCCUUGUCCAAUACUGAAAGCAAUCUUAAGCAGCAGAGAAGUGACCUAACAUGUAGCCGUGUAGCAAAACUAACUGCGUCCAAUCACCAUGCCACACGCAGAACUACACACAGGCAUAACAUGUGGAGUUCUGACAAAAUGUGUAAACCACAUAAUAAUGUAUACUGUAAUUAAAAAAAAAUAUAUUGAUCACAAUCCUAUUAUGAAUUUAUUACAAUAAGCUAAGAAUGAUAAAUCUGAUAAAAUCACACCAAUUAUUAUAUACUAUAUAUGUACAUAUACAUGCUCAUAUAUAUAUAUAUAUACAUUGCAGUCCCUUAACCAAAUGCUGACCUAUGUGAUACUCUUUAUAAAAAUUUAAGUAAUUGAGACAUGCAAAGAACACUAACUACUAACUUUCGAUUAUGAGGAAAAACUUAAGGGAUUUAAACUAAUUGAAAUGGUAAUGGAUCAGAUGAAAAGGUUUUAAAACUACCUUCUCAAGAAAAACAGCAGACAUAGCAAUGUUAUUAAAACAGAGUUAUUUUACAAUGUUCAAAUACCAGGAACUUAUGAAUAUUUCCUUAACAGCACAGAAACUGGUUUACUCAUAUUUUGAUAACUUUAGUAAAUACAGUACCAUCCUUGAUACCGAUCUCUAUUAACUAGCUUCUAAAAACUGCCUGUGAUUAGGGCUAAUGAACAUUUCCCCUAUGAGAAAAACAAAUUAAAUAUGAUCACGCAGCUGAACAGUAUGAACAUUAACAGGAAAGUGAUGAAAAUGUUGGGAGUCACCUGUUUGUCAUUGGUGUAUACAAUAAGUAAUUUACAUUAAACUCUAAAA